GACCAGCAUGCCCUGCGCGUCUUGCCCCGCCCCCCAUCUUUUUCAGCCUCAGGCGCCGGGGAGGUUCGGUUGACCUGCUGACUGGGAACCAGAAAUGGCAGCUACUCUGGGCAGCGGGGAGCGCUGGACCGAAGCUUACAUUGAUGCAGUUAGAAGAAACAAAUACCCAGAAGACAGACCUCCUGAAAGUCAUGAUCCCUGUGGUUGCUGUAACUGCAUGAAGGCGGAAAAGGAAAAGAAGUCUGAGAAUGAGUGGAAUCAGACCUGGCAGGGCGAGGGGAGUGCCACUUAUACUGAGGACCAGCUGCUUGGGGUACAAAGAAUCAAGAAAUGCAGAAAUUACUAUGAAAUUCUGGGAGUUUCUCGAGAUGCCAGUGAUGAAGAGCUUAAGAAAGCUUACCGAAAACUUGCCCUGAAAUUUCACCCUGACAAGAACUGUGCUCCGGGAGCAACAGAUGCUUUCAAAGCAAUAGGAAAUGCCUUUGCAGUUCUUAGCAAUCCGGACAAGAGACUCCGCUAUGAUGAAUAUGGAGAUGAACAAGUGACUUUCACUGCCCCUCGAGCCAGAUCUUAUCAUUAUUACAGGGACUUUGAAGCUGACAUCACUCCAGAAGAGUUAUUCAAUGUCUUCUUUGGAGGACAAUUUCCUACAGGAAAUAUUCAUAUGUUUUCAAACGUGACAGAUGAUACCCACUAUUACCGCCGGCGGCACCGACAGGAGAGGGUGCAGAAACGGAAGGAGGAGGAAGAGGAUAAACCUCAGACUACAUAUUCUGCAUUUAUUCAGUUACUUCCCGUUCUUGUGAUUGUGAUUAUAUCUGUUAUUACUCAGCUGCUAGCUACUAAUCCCCCAUACAGUCUAUUCUACAAAUCGGCCAUGGGCUAUACCAUUUCUAGAGAAACCCAGAACCUGCAGGUGCCUUACUUUGUGGAUAAAAACUUUGACAAGGUCUACAGGGGAGCAUCUCUGCGUGAACUGGAGAAGACGAUAGAGAAGGAUUACAUUGAUUACAUCCAGACGAGUUGUUGGAAGGAGAAACAACAAAAGUCCGAGCUGACCAAUUUGGCAGGAUUAUACAGAGAUGAACGAUUGAAAGAGAAAGCAGAGUCGCUGAAACUUGAAAACUGUGAAAAACUUUCCAAACUCAUUGGCCUACGCAGAGGUGGCUGAGAGGAUGAUAGUCCUAUGCAGGGAUGGAAGAAAAAUUCCUGUUGGAAGGAGAUUCUGCAUGAAAACUGAUUUCCAGAGUGGAGUUUCUCCUUUCAGAUGCUCGGUCAUGAUUCAGACAGAUGUGUCUGGCACGGUUCAACAUGUGGACAUUCCACAGGGUCAGGAGAUGCCUCCGGAGGUAAAGAGUGGGGCUUUAGUGGCUGGUAGAGGACAACUGCUCAGCUGUGGGGGGAGGAGCAGCUCCAGAUAUAGCCAGAUUUUGCUGCCCAGCUAUGUCUAUCCUCCUGGAUUUGGGAGGCUUUCUUGUCUCCCUCUGAGUGACAGAGGAGAUUUACACAGUAAAAUGUGCCUGUGCACACCAAAAUCAACGCUCUCCUCUCAGCCCCAAUCCCUGCUAGGAAAUGGGCUAUAAAUUAAACUGACUUGACAGGUUAGAUGAACCUACUGUAGAUGCCCCUGAAGAGUGUGGCCACAUGUUUUAUAGAUUUCAUGGCAGACAUUAGUUAUCUGUGAUGAUACUAAAUAGAGGCAAUACUGACUCCAAUAAAUGUCAGACCUAUUGUCUGUCUUUAUAGAACUGAUGGUACUAUUUAACUUAUUACCUAGGAGACCACAACACUCACAUCUGGUUUUCCUCAAGAUAAUAUUUGCAUUUGGUUGAAGGAUAAUUUAUCUAUUUGUUACAGUCCAGAAUAUUGUUAAACUAAAAUUUCCUGGGUUAUACUUUAGGUGGGUUGUCUACAUGGUGGUAAUCAUAAGGAUUUUCCUCUAGCCUACAUCCUUUGGAAGGUUUCCUAGUCAUAUAUAAGCUCUUUAGGUAAGGCUUAUUCUUGCUGUCAGAACUUGGUGUGCAGCGCUAGACCGUGUCUAUGGGCAUUAGAACAGCUUGAAGAUGUGUAAUGGGAGAAGGGCUAAGAAAUAAGGCUUGAGGCUCAAGCAAAAAUGGAAACUCUCAUCAUUAGGAUGAUAGUGCUCUUUGCACUGCAUGAUCAGCAGUGAGGAGGGGAGCAUGAAAAUCCUCACACCAAAGGACACUACAGCUUGAAGGAAUCCGUGACCCCUGAUUAGCAACCCUGGGGUUCAUCUGCUCAAACCAGAAAAUGUCUGAACUUCCUUAUCAGCUCCAGGCCUCACAGAUAGAAAGAAGUGACCAGUAAAAAAUGCAAUUGCUAUGCUUUCUGUUGGAAACUAUUAAAAAUUACACUGAACUCCAAACUCCACUGGAACAUGAGAUCCAGCAGCCCGGCCAAGCUAUGUGUUAUUCUCAUUUCAUCCUCACACUCAGGACAGGCCUUGUGAGGAGGCACUAUUGGGAUUCUAGAAGCUUUCUGUUACAACUGGCCACACAUGCAAGUAGUCUCUGCAUGCAUGAUCCUCACAGGAGCUAGCACUUAAUCAGUAUUUAUUUUGGAUUCAUUUAAGGUGUAAGCUUAGUAUCCUAAUACACUUGUUUUUGGAAAGGGCCAAGUUAUUGUACAUCUUAAUUUUUGAGCCUGCGUUGUUGAUACCUCGUGCAAUGACCACCAAGUAACUAUAUACCCAUGUGUUAGAUAUUAAUUACAUCAUUUGCAUCCCAUUCAGUAUUUGGAAUUAAAGAUGUGAAUGUUCUGUGACCAGAGCCAGGUUUGAUACAGAUGGAAUCAGCUCCGGUGGAGUCCUGAGAAAUCUGGUCACCUGAUCUACUGCAUCUGAAUUAAUUGUAUUUUAACACAGAAAGAAAUUAAAUGAUUUUAUAUAUAAAAAAGGC